GAUCUCACUUUCUUCGAACCUUUUGAUAUGUAUUGCCUUAACUAUAGAUAUCCCUUACCGUUCUCGCAUGAUAUUUCAUCAAAUAUUAUUAUCGGUAUGCAUAUUCUCUCUUCUACUUUUUAUUUGUUUAAAUAGCUCAGCCGCCCAGAAUAACCAUCCAUAUUGCUCCACCCUUUCUCUCUCUCUCUCUAAAUAUUUUAACCACACACAACACAACACAAAACACCAACCGUAUAGAAAGAAAGAAUCUCACUCACUCUCAUUAUUUCUUCUUCAUCCAACACUACUUUCAAGCUAUACAAACAUGAACUAAAAAACCUUUUUACUAUUAUACACACAAAAAAAAGAACCAAAAACUGUGCUUUAUACACAAAUUAACAACAACAAAAAAUGAGUAGUAAUCCUGAAGACUCCUUAAGAAGUCUCUCUUUAGAUUAUCUCAAUCUACUCAUCAAUGGUCAAGCUUUUAGUGAUGUUACUUUUCAUGUUGAAGGUCGUUUAGUCCAUGCUCAUCGCUGCGUCCUUGCAGCGCGGAGUCAAUUUUUCAGGAAAUUCUUCUGCGGGCCGGGCUCUCCACAGUCCGGCCAGCAACUCAGUCCGAUUAACAGGCCGAGGGAUUUGGAUUCACCGGCGGCAUCAUUAUCAUCAUGUGGUGUGGUGAUACCGGUGAACUCGGUAGGGUAUGAGGUGUUUUUGUUGAUGAUGCAGUUUUUAUACAGUGGACAAGUCUCAAUUGUACCACAAAAACAUGAGCCAAGGCCUAAUUGUGGAGAGAGAGGUUGUUGGCAUACACAUUGCACCUCAGCCGUUGAUCUUGCACUUGAUACACUCUCAGCCGCUAGAUCUUUUGGUGUUGAACAACUUGCUUUACUCACUCAGAAGCAAUUGGCAAUCAUGGUAGAAAAAGCCUCAAUUGAAGAUGUUAUGAGAGUUCUAAUAGCAUCAAGAAAGCAAGACAUGCAUCAACUAUGGACUACUUGUUCACAUUUGGUUGCAAAAUCUGGCCUUCCACCUGAAAUGUUAGCCAAACACCUUCCCAUUGAUGUUGUAGCCAAAAUUGAAGAACUCCGCCUCAAAUCCAACCUAGCACGUCGAUCCUUAAUGCCACAUCACCACCGCCACAACCAUGACCUCAGCUCUGCAGCUGAGCUCGAGGAUCAAAAAAUCCAUCGGAUGAGACGAGCCCUUGACUCAUCCGACGUUGAACUUGUCAAGCUCAUGGUAAUGGGAGAAGGACUAAAUCUUGAUGAAUCAAUUGCAUUACACUAUGCAGUUGAAAAUUGUAGUAGGGAAGUUGUGAAAGCGUUACUAGAGCUAGGUGCAGCGGAUGUUAAUUACCCUGCAGGUCCUGCAGGGAAAACUCCGCUGCACAUUGCAUCUGAAAUGGUUUCACCAGACAUGGUCGCGGUUCUAUUAGACCACCAUGCUGAUCCCAACGUACGAACAUUAAAUGGGAUCACUCCUUUGGACAUUUUACGUACCCUAACAUCCGAUUUUUUAUUUAAAGGGGUGUUCCCGGGACAUGCUCAAAUUGAACCAAAUAAGUUAAGACUUUGCCUCGAACUUGUUCAAUCAGCAGCUAUGGUGAUUUCAAGAGAGGAAGGGAGCGGGAAUACUAUUGAUCCUUCUUCGACGAAUAUUUAUCCACCCAAUAUGAGUGAUGAUCAUACAUCUAGUACAAGUAGUGGUACUGGGAAUAUUGGAUCAAAUGUUAACAUUGAUUCAAGAAUGGUGUAUUUAAAUCUUGGUGGUGGAGUUGCUAAUACUUCAACUCAUGACCCUUCAUCAAUGUACCACAAUUCACAUGAUUAUUAGACAAUUAUACAUA